AUGGCCCCCGGUUUACAGGCAGAAACUCCUUCACACCCGCUGUCGCCAAUCCCUGGUACGCUGGGACUGGGGCAUUGGAGACGGGUAUCUGGAGGUAUUCUUGACAUCGACAGUAUCUCGAAUGGCCCACCUCGUUCUGUAACAUCUAGACGAGUCUCUCGGAAAACCGUUGCAGCCAACGAAUCGUCGACUAUAUCCAACGUGGUAUACACUCUGAAGCGCAGGAGUGUCGAUGAGUUGGGAGCCUUAACCUCUUCAAAGUUGUUGAAUGCAACACAUUCAACUAUCCUAGAAUGGAUUCGCCAUCAGCGGAUGAGCAAACUGCCUCCUGAGGGAAGCAGCUACGACAAAGUUUUAGCAUGGGCACAACUCUUUGUGGAAAGGUUACAUUCUUUCGAUUUGGCUAUUGAACAUUUUGCAGGUGACAGCUACUUGGCCGCUCAACUUUCUUACGGCUACUGCGCAAUCUUGCUAGAGCUGGGAGAAGCGAAUGCUUCCGCACUUAAAAUCUCUUUUGGCUUCUUUCACAGCACCUCAAUGGUGCUAGUAAAUCUUCUAGAGCGCGCUGAACUCUUCAACGAGUCUCAAGAAAUCAAAGAACAGCUAGUUUUUGCUUUAGGGGACAUUGUCACCCUUGUUGCGAGUGUCGCAACCCACUUUCACAAGGCUCUGCGCGGAACUUCCAAAGCAUCCGUAUCUGUCAAUAUAUUUUCCACAUUUUCUGGUCAGAUCGAGGCUUUCCACGCUCGCUGUGAGAAAAUUGCCGAAGCAAUGUGGAGACAUCAGCUGCUGAGGGAUGAGCUAGAUGGCGAUCAAGUAUCCGAAGUCAAGACUAUCAAACGCUGGCUAGCACAGGAAGAUCGUGUCUUAAGUAGCAUUGCCGAAAGAGCCUCCCAGCUUGCGCAAGACCGAGAAGAAUUGACCUGUCUUUGGAUCGGGCCAUACUUGACUCGAUUUCUAAAAAGUCAAGAGCUCAAAAGUCUUUCAAUUUCUGGGAAACCAGGUUCAGGAAAGACGGUGCUUGCCUCAGUGAUUGUCGAUCAUCUACAGCACCCAAUUGGCGGCAUCUCCUAUCAGACAUUAUUCGUUCCAAUUGACGGCAGGACUCCUACAGAAACUACUCCUAGAGCCGUUGUAAAGGGAAUUCUUCGUCAGUUAUUUGAUAAAAGCAUCGGAAACACGCACCUGUUUCAAACCCUCUUUGGCGCAUACGAGAAAACUCUGCAUAUUACUAGUGACGAUGAGUAUGACGAAGUAAUGUGGGGUGCUUUAGAAGCUGCUUUGGAUUCUCCUCUUCGUGGGGCUAAGCCGCUAGUUAUCGUGAUCGAUGGUAUUGAUGAGGUGACUGAUGGUGAGGCACACCUUCUGCAGAAGUUGCAAGCAGCUACUUCCAAAGCGUCUCAUUUAAAGCUUGUUCUCUUGGGUUCAAAGGGAUCGCAGACGCGCUCUAAUGGGGUGAAUAUUGAAGUAACGCCGGAGCUGGUUUUCGACGAUAUUGCAGCGGUCGUGCGCAACGGCUUUGAAAGCCACAAACCCUUCACAAGCAUGCCAGAGGCUGCACAGGAGAUCCUUAUUGAUAGUAUUACGCAGGCAGCCAAUGGUUCAUUUCUCUGGGCAAAACUAGCCGCCAGGCAAGCCCGUCAUGAGGAGACAGUCGAAGCUCUACAAAAGUCGGCCAAUACCUUAGUGACCUCCAAGUUGACCAUUACCGAUUUUGUAAUCCACAGCUUGCAGACAGAAGAUAUUACAGAGUACGCAAAGCAGACUCUGGUUCUUCUUAGCACAGCCGAUCGUCCUCUUUCCCAGAGAGAGCUGUCUGCUCUUCUCGCCAUCCACGUCGAAAAAGGAACCAUAAUAGAGCGAAACGUUGACAUUCUUCGUCUUCUUAAGCCUAUAAACUCCCUGGUCUAUCUCGAAAACGGAUUUGUAUAUCUCCGUCACACUCAAAUUCGCUCUGCCGUUGUGGAGGUGUUUUCUAUGGGCAAGCUUCUGCCUAAUGUGAAGGACAGACACGCAGACCUUCUUCGUAGGCUUUUGAUAUACGUACAAGCCAAUGUAAAUGAAGAUAGGGAGCCUUCACUGACAUCACUCGACCUCUUUCAAACCGAUGAAAUUUUGAGAAAACACAUUCUUCUUGAUUUCGCCGUGCGAUACUGGAUUGUGCAUCUCCGCCGCACAAAUGCUUUCACGAAAGCCGGCGAAACUGGGGCAGCAAAAGAGUUUGGCAAGAUUCUACCAACUACCACAACUUUCUACCUACUCAAUCAAACUAUCUUAGAGAACAAGGCUGCGCCGUUUUUGUUGUCGAGGUUUACCAUCAUUACUCGUCUCUGCCGUGCGGCCCUGACAGCCAAACACAUUGCUACUCUACAGACCAUAAUUAAUCUAGCUGUCUUGUAUCGCCAUCAUCACCUCCUUAUCGAAGCCGGCCAAGUACUCUACGAGGCAAUUGAUAUUAGUCGGAGUCUUCUCAAUGCUCAUCAUAACCUCACUAUAAGCAUCGUGACUACCUUCCUAGAAGUCACCGCAAGUCAAAUCACUGACUCUAAAACCGAAAUCAUGACUCGGAGAGAAGAAAGUUUGUUACUCCUUGUGGAAUUUUACAAGUCUCAAUAUGGUGCUACAUCGGAAAUUGUUAUCUCGACUCUCACCCAGCUAGCGGAACACUACCAGUUGAUCAAAGAAGAGAAAAAGGCAAGAGAGAUCUAUAUCUCACUCCGAUCGUCUACUAUUCAACAAUAUGGCGCAGACUCUCAAGAAUUUCACGGCAUUAAUUCCAGCCUCCAUGUCCAUCUCAAGGGUCAUGUAACAAACGAAGAAGAAGAAACUCAAACAAGCGCAGGUCUUCUGCUGGAUACCAAAGAAGAGGAUAUGUUGAUCGAAACCACUAAAUUCGACUUCGCUGCCAUUCUGCAACUUGCCGAAAAGUACGUCUCCGAAGGCAAGAUACAAUUAGCAGAGUCUACUUUUAUUGAGAUCUGGGAACGAGCAAGCAAGCAAUGCCGUUUAAAUUACUCAGCUGAAUGGGAGGAACGAAAGAUCAAGGCUGUUCUAGAGUACAGCAAGUUUUUGAAAUCACAGAAACGUGAAUACGAGGCUUCCUCUCUUCUUGCAACAACAUGGCAGGAUUAUGAACAGCAAUCUUCGAGAUCCACAAUUUCCGAAUCUUCCAUCUCUUAUUUUGUCGAGAUUGCCAAGGUCAUGAAGACUGUCGGCUUAUCCGCCCUUGCCAUCUCAGUCUUCAAGCGUUGUGAACAACAUUAUCGGAAUACCAGUCGUGUUGAUACAUCAACCUACAAAGAAAUACAGGAAAUUAUCCACUCUACUUCCAAGGAAGUCAUGCAUACAGUUUCCCAUUCCAGCUCUAUGACGUCCAUCACAUCGGAAACGAGCUUUGAAGAAAUGAUUUACGAGGCAUCAAAGUCGAUUAGCACAAUUGAUGAAACAUCUAUAACCGCGAUUUCGACCCUGUACUCUCAGUAUGUUUCCCAACACCGCUGGCAGGACGCGACUCGCCUGAUCAAGCGAGUAUUGCACGGAGUUUGGCCCACGCUUUUUGCAUCUUCACUUCAGGACGUCACGCUUCCAGCAAAACACCUCGAUAGUUGCAUUCAGCUAUCCGAGCGUCUCAUCCAAUGCUACCACGCUCGUCGACGCUUUGCCAAGGAAGAAGACAUAUGCACGCGGGUGUAUCGUGCUGUUCGAUUGAAUCGCAAGGUCGGAGAUAAGCUUUUGGAUCACAUCACCACGGAGCUUAUUCAAUUGUUUGAGCGGACUUCUCAGACAGAGAAAGUUAUAAGUCUCAGACAAGAGCUUUUAGACGACUACAUCAAACAUUACACUCUAACCCAUCCGCUUGUGAUUAAAAAUCUGUGGGUGCUGGCGGAACUUACUCGUCCUCGCCCGAUCUUUGUGGACUACUAUCGUCAAAUUAUAAAUGCCGUCAACAAGGACUCAGAUAUAUCCAAGCCAGAGGCGUUUGAGCCCUUCAAUAUUGUUGCUACUGAACUUUGGAGCCAAGGCCGAUAUUCCGAUGCCGUCCAAUAUUACAAGGUCAUUUUCAAUACCUUCCUUCAUCAACCCAAGGUAAGCACGAGAUUUGAAGACCAAGAGUUUCUCAAAACCUUCUUCACACGCUAUGUACAAUGUCUUCGAUCUCUGCAAAGCGACUUUACUAUCAUUCAUAAAGUCAAUGUGGACUACCAGGCGAAAAUCAAGGCGCUUUUCAGUGAAACGGCCUCUAUUACUAUUCAAGCGACGUUGUCCUUGGCUAAGCUCUGUCAAGAGUCUAAGAAAUUUGAAAUCGAGGCAAUUCAGCUGUACGAAGAAUUACUCAAGCUGAAAUCAGAGCAAAUCGACUAUCAAGAGAUCACCGCAACACUUGAUGCGAUAUACGAAGAACAAGCUGCUACUGUUACAUCUACGCGAUCCGAGAUAGUCUCAUCUACACAAGUAGACCGAGCAGUAACUGUGCUUAAACGUCGUAUUGAAUCAGUGAGACAGACAAAUGGUUGGGCCCACGAAGAGUCUCUCUCCAAAAUGGAGGAACUAGUCUCCUUUUAUUCCAAACGUAGCCAGACGGAGACAAUACUUCAUGAACUUCAAGAGACCACCGUGCAAACUUUAUCCACUGAGACCUCCUCUACAAGGCUGAUUGCUGCCGCUAAGACUAUUGGGUCCUGUUAUGUUGCAUCGAACCAGACAACCAAGGCAAAAGAGCUGUCACAAGAGAUCUACCGCCAAAUCAUUAUGAAGGAUACAUCCAAAGCAAAGUCAUUCAAGUUUGACCUAUCCUCAAAAGAACGUCAGAGUCUUGUAUUUUUGGCUCAACUUGAGCACAGUACUCAAAAUUCUUCGGUUACGUUGAAUGAGAUUUUCGCUUCCUUAACAACCGAAUAUGUAUACUUCGAAGAAUUCAGAAGCCUCACAAAACAGUCCACAAGCAGCUUGCAACAAGUUUCAAUCUCCGCUGCGCGUCUUUAUGAAUUCCUCCUAUCAAACCAUCGCCAGUCCACCGCGGAUCGAGUAUUUGAAGACUUCGUGCGCUAUUUCUUAGAAACCGAUGCCAAACGCGUCAAACUGGCCGAGGUGGCACAAGUGAAGAUUCUUGCCUUGACCUUAUUGAGAUACUUCAGCAACCAUGUAUCACACAAUUUUCUCCGCUCUGUCGGAAUCGCCAGCGAGAAGCACUUGGGAGAGUUGCUUCGUACUGAAAAGUACGUUGAAGCGUGUGAUCUUGCUCUUGCCGCCUUCAAGUAUAUCUCUGCACACCAAGAAGCCUACCGCACAGCCGCCAUUGUGAAGUUUGUGUUUCAAAUUGGUUUAUCUAUCUCAGCACGACAUAUUUCUGCCAAGCCUGAUGAUGCACUUCGCCAGAGGCUACUAAAAACCUCCGGUAUUAUCAUACAGGACGCUCUGCGUGUUUCGAAGGAGAUACAUAUCAAUGUUACCCAACUCAGGUUGGGUAGCUUAAACGACAUCAGUGCAGUCCUCGGGGAGAAUCGUGAUUAUCAGUCUUUGGCCUGGCUCCUUACUGUACUUUGGAAUAGUCGCGAAGCCCAGAGAUCCUGGAAACCCUCUGUUACCUUUACUCUUGGGCGUCGGUUCAUUCUUGUUCGCUAUCUUGUCGGAGAAACAAGUGCGGCGAUUCGUCUGGCUGAAGACAUCGUCUAUAACUACCGGCGUGUGCAUGGAGCCCGUAAUCAAUCCACGCUUGAAAUGUCUACUCUUUUGUCUCAGCUUUACACAACCAUCGGGCAGCGUUAUCAAGGCCAGAAGAAUGGGCAAGAAAUAGCGCAUCGCUACUAUAAGAAAGCUGCAGCCAUACAUGAAAACAUUCUUCGUAUUUUCACAGAUCCAUCCUACGCCGAGCUUGAAGGUGGCGAUCUGAGCUUAUGCCUGGAUGAGUCUACCUCCUCGGUUGAUCUGGCAGUAGGUGCUACCUCGCAAAGCGAUGUUUCCGAUGGCGAGCGCGUUCGUCAGCAUUUUCAUCUUCUCAAGCACGCUAUCGAGCGGUAUGGGGACUGGCCAAAAGACUACAGUGAAUACGAGCGGAUCAAUGCCGAUGUAUUCCGGGAGUUCAAGGAGGACCUGGUUGGAGUUGAAGGUGUGGAGAAAUGGAAUCCAAAGGGCUUUGGUUCUGGAAAAGCAGAGAGUGGAGUUGAUCUAUUAGAUCUCAACUCGAAUCGCUGGGAGAUUGUGGAGGCCACGGCACAUGCUAGUAAUGGUGUUGAGAAAGAGUAG